GACAAUCAAAGCUUCCAAACCUUUGCGCAAAACAUUCAAGGAAAUCAACUAAAGGGAGAAGAUCGGUCAACCUUUCUCUUUGGCCAGGUCCUCAGAAACUGAGAACCUCCAGUGAGAGCAGAGAAUCUACAGAUAUCUCCAAUCCUCUGCCUUUCCUAUUUCAUAUCCGAGUUUUAUUUUUUUUUUUAAUUUUUUGGCCUUGAAAGCUCUGCGAGUAAGAACCCACGAGCAGAUAAAAAAGACUCAUUAAAAAACCAGCAGUGGAGCAGGAGAAAGAGAACAGAGAGGUAGAGGGAAGAAGUUGCAGGGCAGUCGGGAUGGCGCGCAGCGCCGGCUGCCGCCGCUGGAUUCCUAAAAUUGAAUGCGUGCCAGCCACAGGCGAUCCUGGAGACCGAAGCGAUGGAAGAAGGUAAACGUGGCUGGAUUGGACGAGUGUAAAGGCGGUUCCUUUUUCGGGGGGAAGUGAAGAAAGCAGAGCUUUCGAUGAUGGCGGCAGCGAACGCGCUGGCGACGGGGGAAUCGUCGUCGGCAGCUACGGCGGAGGCGACGGCGAGGGCGGCGAGCAGGCGGUACGAAGCCCUGGUGUCGGUCCGGACAAAAGCGAUGAAAGGGAAAGGAGCUUGGUAUUGGGUCCAUUUAGAGCCGGUGCUCGUUCAUGGCCCGGAUUCCAAUCUACCAAAAGCCGUCAAGCUCCGCUGUUCUCUCUGUGAGGCCCUCUUCUCCGCCUCGAACCCCUCUCGAACCGCUUCGGAACACCUCAAGCGCGGCACCUGCCCAAACUUCACCUCCGCUGCCGCCGUCGCCGCCGCUUCCAUCGGUCCUUCCUCCGCCCCUACACCUAUCUCUUCCCUCCCUCCCUGCAGAAAGCGCUCAUCUUUACCGCUCUCCGAGUCUAAGCUCUCACCUUUUUCCUCCUCACCGCCGCCUCUGGCGCUUCCAGCACUCCCGGCACCUCACCACCGCCUUGCACUCUCCGGCGGGAAAGAGGACAUCGGCGCGCUCGCCAUGCUCGAAGACAGCGUGAAGCGGUUAAAAAGCCCCAAGGGCGCCUCCCCUGGUCCCGCACUCUCUAGACCCCUCGCUGACGCCGCCCUUUCUCUCCUAGCCGAUUGGCUUUUUGAAUCCGGUGGCGCAGCCUCUCCUUCCUCCCUCGACCACCCCAAGCUCCGCGCUUUUUUCCACCAAGUCGGCCUCCCCGCUCUCUCUCCUCGUCGUCUCCUUGGUCCCAUCCUCGACUCCCGCUUCCACGACGCAAACGUUGAGUCCGCCACCCGCUCCCUCGACGCGCCUUUCUUCCAGCUCGACACCGCUGGGUGGAACACCGCCUCCGAAGCAGAACAGAGUUUGAUCAGUCUCGCCGUCAAUCUUCCCAAUGGCACCACCGUCUUCCACCGUGCGAUGCUCGCAGCCUCACGCGCGCCCUCCGAUUACGCUGAGGACGUUUUCCGCGACGCAAUCGCUAAUAUUUCCAGCGGUUCAGCCCAUCGCUGCGCUGGCAUUGUUGCUGACCGGUUCAAAUCAAAAGCCCUCCGCAAUCUCGAAACGCAGAAUCACUGGAUGGUAAAUGUCCAUUGCCAGCUCCAGGGUUUUCAUAGCCUUAUCAAAGAUUUCACCCGCGACCUCCCCAUCUUCCAUUCCGCUGCUUCCAAAUCCUCCCGCCUGGCUGAAUUCUUCAAUACCCAUUCAUUAGCUCGCUCCGUUCUCCAAAAAUACCAGCUUCAAGAACUCAACCAUUCACACCUUCUCCAUUGCCAAAACUUCAACGCUGUCCUGGAUGACGUAAUCUUUUCCUCACAUUCCCUGCAACUUGCCAGUCUCGACGAGGACUUCAAGCUGCUCUGCCUCGACGACUCGACGGCGAGGGAGAUUUCGGAAUUUAUCCAAGACCCGAGGUUUUGGAACGAGUUGCAGGCUGUCCAUUCACUUGUUAAACUGGUUGAAGCAAUGUCAAAGGAAAUGGAAGCAGAGCGACCGCUGAUCGGCCAAUGCCUGCCUCUCUGGGAUGAACUCCGCAGCAAGGUGAAGUCUUGGCUUGCAAAGUUCAACAUUGAAGCUGCCAUCGACGUCGACCGCAUUGUCGAGCGGCGGUUCAAAAAGAACUACCAUCCGGCGUGGUCAGCGGCGUUCAUAUUGGACCCUUUGUAUCUAACCAAGGAUGCAAGUGGCAAGUACCUGCCUCCAUUCAAAUUCUUGACGCCGGAGCAGGAGAAGGACGUCGACCGAUUAAUAACGCGGUUGGUUUCGAGAGAAGAAGCUCACAUUGUGCUCAUGGAGCUCAUGAAAUGGAGAACAGAGGGCCUCGACCCGUUGUAUGCCCAAGCAGUGCAGGUGAAGCAGGUGGAUCCUGCAACAGGGAAGAUGAGAGUGGCAAAUCCGCAGAGCAGCAGAUUGGUGUGGGAAACUUGUCUUAGUGAGCUAAGAUCGCUGGGAAGAGUGGCCGUCCGUCUUAUCUUCCUUCACGCUACAGCAUGCCGUGUCAGGUGCAGCCCUGGCCUGCUAAGGGUAGCGCGGCGGUCGAGAGCAGCAUCUGAAAGGGUGGAGAAGAUGAUGUUUGUGGCGGCUCAAGCGAGAUUUGAAAGGCGGAGCUUCUCUGAUGAGGAGGAAAAGGAUGCUGAGAUUUUUGGAGAGAACGAGGAUGAGGAAGCUUCUUCAGUGUAACCAUUUUUUUUUCUUUUUCCUUUUUUUUUUUUCUUGUUCUGAUUUAAAGUUGAUUUCUUUAUUUGAUCUUUCUGGCAUUCUGUUGGUUUUGCUGGAUUCUUUGUUUGGAUUCUGAGCUAGCUGGUUGUUCUGAUAGCUUGCUUUUACUGUGAGGAUUUUAAUUAGCAGAGGAGUUUGUUUGAAGAUAAAGGAUGAUUUCUUCUUGUUUGUAAUGAAGGUUGCAGAAGCAGGAAGAACAAUGUAAAAUUUUGUUUCUUAAAGGAUAGUAUGCUUAUGUGAUUCAGAUUUUCAGGCUAGGUUCCGUUAUCUAAAUGUUAUAUAGA